AUGGCUUCUCUAUUAGCCCUCUCCUCUCCAUCCCCUUCAAGAACUACGCCAAUCCUCCAUCAUCCUUCCUCUUCCUUCAAGGGCAAUGUGAGAACGUUGAAGCCAAUUCCAAUUCCAUUUCCAGGUGUAAAAUUGUUCCAAAAAAAUACCAGGCCAAAAUCACCACUAAUCGUACUCAGUUCAGUAGUUUCUGCGGUUGAAGAUUCUUCUACUACAACACAGAGCAGCGUUCGUUUUCGGCUCGAUAACUUGGGUCCUCAACCCGGGUCUCGAAAGAAGGCAAAGAGAAAGGGAAGAGGUCAUGCUGCUGGACAAGGGGGCAGCUGUGGGUUUGGAAUGAGGGGUCAGAAAUCCAGGUCGGGACCUGGAGUCCGAAAGGGGUUCGAAGGGGGUCAAAUGCCGCUGUACAGAAGAAUUCCUAAGCUGAGAGGGAUUGCUGGAGGCAUGCAUGCUGGACUACCAAAAUAUGUCCCGGUGAACUUAAAAGAUAUUGAAGCUGCUGGAUUCCAAGAGGGAGAAGAGGUCUCAAUGGAGUCCUUGAAGCAGAAGGGUCUGAUCAACCCUUCAGGAAGAGAGCGUAGACUUCCCUUGAAGAUCUUAGGUGAUGGAGAAGUGAGUGUGAAACUGAACUUCAAGGCUCGUGCCUUCUCGACUUCAGCAAAGGAGAAGCUUGAGGCUGCAGGUUGUUCCUUAACUGUUCUUCCCAGCCGAAAGAAGUGGGUGAAGCCAUCGGUCGCAAAGAACCUUGCACGUGCUGAAGAAUACUUCGCCAAGAAAAGGGCUGCAGCUGACUCAUCCGACACCCCUUCUGCGUAA